AUGUCAGUCAAGCGUAAACUACGAAUUGCAGAAAAAGCCUAUGUGAGAUCUCAGCUACUACAAAACAAAGGAAACACUAACGCAAUUUGGAAGAUAAUUAACAACUGCCUGCCAAAGAAGCUGCAAAAGCCUCCAAGCCGCCCUAUUAUUCCUGACAACCCAGUUUCCUUGGCUAAUAAGUUUAAUGGAUAUUUUACAUCUGUUGGAAGUUCAGCAGCUCAGGAAGCUUACGAUCUUGCUUGUGUACAUAAUUAUCAUUUCAAUCCCGCUAUGCCAACCCUCUUGUCAACGCCUGAUGAUUGCCCUGGCUUAUUUCGAUUUCACCCCGUACUGGAGAAGGAUGUGGAAGGUGUAAUGAAGGGCUUCUCUUCCAACAAUGCACUAGGUCGUGACAAGAUUACUACCCGCGUCCUCAAGGACUGUUUGCCAGUCAUAGUACCAAUUAUUACAAGCAUUAUGAAUAACUCAUUUAGAUCUAAUUGUUUCCCGAAAGUAUGGAAAAUGGCUGAAGUAACUCCUGUGUUAAAGUCUGGUAACCCCGAAGAUCCCUGUAAUCACCGGCCCAUCUCAUUGCUGCCAAUUAACAAAUGGUAA